AUGUCGACCACUGUUUUCGUUUCUGGUGCUACCGGGUUCAUUGCCCAACAUGUGAUUAAGCAGUUAAUUGAAAAGAAUUAUAAAGUGGUUGGAUCUGUUAGAUCUAAGGAAAAGGGCGAUCAACUCGUGUCCAAAUUUGGUGAUUCUUUCCAGUACGAAAUCGUUAGUGAUAUUGGUAAAAGUGGCGCUUUUGACGAGGCUUUGAAGAAACAUCAGGAUGUGACGGUUUUCCUUCAUACCGCUUCGCCAUUCCAUUUCAACACCGACAACGUGGAGAAGGAUUUGUAUCAACCCGCCGAAGAGGGAACCAACAAUGCUUUGAAGGCAAUUGAGAAAUAUGGUCCUCAGGUGAAGCAUGUGGUGAUCACGUCGUCAUUUGCUGCUGUUUUGGACUCUAAGAGAGAAAAGGACCCGUCCUUGACCUACACCGAAGAAAAUUGGAACCCUAUGACCAGAGAAGAAGGAACGGAAAAUGCAUUCUCAGGAUACAUGGUGUCCAAGAAAUUGGCAGAAAAGGCUGCGUGGGACUUUGUUGAGAAAUCAAAACCCAACUUUGUGUUAACUUCCGUCAAUCCAACCUACGUCUUUGGACCACAAGCAUUUGAUUCCGACAUCAAAGAUAGUCUCAACACUUCGUCUGAGCUUAUCAACGCUGCGCUCAAAUUGAAGCCUGGUGAAGAGCUUCCUACUUAUACCGGACCCUACAUUGAUGUCAGAGACGUUGCUGAGGCGCACUUGGUUGCUUUUGAAAAGGAAGAUGCAAAGAACCAGCGGUUGGUGUUGGCCGAUGGCCGGUUCACGUUCCAAGAUUUCCUUGAUAUUAUUCACAAGAACUUUCCUGAAAAAGCAAAAGCAAAGAAUAUCCCAUUAGGAAACCCCGGAUCUAGCAAGAAAGACCUUGCUAAUGCAGCAAAGUUGAAUUUUGCCAAGACCGAUAAGGUGAUGGGAAUCAAGUAUAUUGACUUGGAGAAAUCUGUGGUUGACACUGUCAAGCAGAUUUUCGAUGCCGAGAAGUAG